CCCCCUCCCACUCUCUGUCCCGAGCAAGUCGUCGUCGCCUCCUCCCGAGCUCGCUGUUUGAUUCGCUUCGUACCACUCGCCGAUCGCUUGUGCUAUGCCGUCGGCGCCAGCCGUCGUGCCGCCGGAGUUGCCGAAGCUUUCUCCGACGUCGCAGCAGCCCCGCCGGCCGCGCUCUCCGCUCGCCAACGGCUCGGCCGCCGGCGACUUCGAACUGCGGCACUGGCGCACGCCCAAGAAGCGCGCGGCGGCGCCGCCGCCGUGGGCGCCUCCGGUAAUCGAUAUCCCCAACGGCGCCGGGAGCGACGACGACAGCAACAGCAGCGGCGGCGGCGGGCACGGGUACACCAGCCUCCGGGACAUCCUGUCGUCGCCGGAGUACGCCGCGACCACGGGCGGCUCGCCCGCGGCCUGCGGCGUCAUCGGCGGCGGCUGCGGCAGCUGUGGGGACAUACACAUGAUCCGGCACCCGCUGGUGAAGCACGCGGCGUACGCGUACCUGCAGAUGACGCCGUCCGCGAGGAAGGAUCCCGGCCGCCGCGGCCGGCGCUGGCGGGGCCCACUCUGCCGCCUCCUGCGAGGCUGCCUCAGCUUCAUCGGGGCGCUCUUCCGGCCCUGACUCCACCGGCGAGACCUUGCUUGCGGUUCUUGGUUGCAAUUUCUCUUUGGCCUUGUUCGGCUGGCUAGCUGGCUGGAUGGCUGGCUGAUUUCGCGUGAGAGGAAAAUACUGUUGGCUGGCUGGUUGGUUGGUGGGCUGAUUUUGCGUGAGAGAAAAAUAUUGUUGUCUUCCCUUGCUCUUCCGCUUCUUGUGUGAUUAGAAUUUUUCUUAGGAUUCUCUUUUUUUUUUGCGAGGAUUGUCUUAGAAUUUUUGUGCUUUCCAUUGAAGUGUAAUUUGUGUAAAUAAUUUGCUAGGAUUAGGCACAAAUGGAGAUGAGAUUAUAGCAGGGAGAGAAAUGAUUAAUCGCACACUAACAGCAUAUCAUUAGUUAGCUUGAUUCUGCCAUGAUUUUUUUUA